GCUCGGUGCUCCCAUGGUCCCCGUCACAGGCAUGGGUGGAAUGGGCAUGUCACAUCCCGGAAUGGGUGCUCCCCCAUUGCCGAGUCCGAACCAGAUGCUUUAUGGCACGAUCAAGCAGAUCAACCAGGAGAAGGGCUGGGGCCACAUCACCUGCAAAGCCCUGGAGAAGUUUCUGGGCAAGGCCGACAUCUUCGUCCUCCCCACGAGCAUGGCGGAAGUACCGGGGGCCACUGCCGGCGCGGAGGUCUCCUUCAAUGUCUCAGCAGGACACAAAGGGCCCCAUGCCAUCAACAUCAAGUUUUGCGAGAUUAGCGCGGCGGCAGGGCAGAGCUUCUCUGGCACGGUCUCGUCGUUCAACCCAGGCAAGGGAUGGGGCUUCAUCGAGAGCCCGCAAGCGAAAGAGUUGUUCGGCACUGACAUCUUCUUUCACCAAAAGGCAGUCGUUGGGGAUGCCGUCGCGGCAGGCGACUGGGUGUCCUUCAGUAUCGACGUCUCUGGCGGGCGACCGUCGGGUGCCAGUGUUGAGAAAGUCGCCGGAGGAGAAGGCGGCGGAGGAGCCUAUGGCGGCUAUGGCAAAGCCGCUGUGACCGGCGCG